AUAUCUGAAGCCAUCAAAUCCAUAAACCUAUUUUGUUUUAGUUUGAGCUUUAUCGAAAUGGCGAACCAAGCAACCCUUGCAGCAUUCUUCCUUUUCGCUUUAGCCGUCUUCUCCAACUUAGAGCUCUCGGCUUCUUCACUUGUUAGCGGCAAGGUCUCCUGCCUUGACUGCCACCGUGAUUUCGACUUCUCAGGCAUUAAGGUGCUCUUAAAGUGCGACGGAGAGAAGAAACAGAUAACCGCGAUGGCGGCUUCUGACGGAUCUUUCCGGUCAGUGCUUCCCGCAGCUGACAAAAAGGGCUCCAUGAAUUGUCUUGCAAAGCUCUUGGGAGGUCCUGACCAACUCUAUGCGCACAAACACGAUUUGUUCUCUGAACUCGUCAUGUCCAAACACGAUUCCAAAGUUUUAACUACCUCAAACCCACUUGCCUUCUCUCUCUCCUGCCCUAAACCAACCCAAGAUAAUGUCGGAGAUAUGAUUGGAGAUUCGAAGACAGUUAAUUUUCCGGGGAUGGGAAGUUUUGGAUUCCCACCUGCCAGCUUCUUUCCCUUCAUACCAAUCAUUGGUAUCCCAUGAUUUGAUUAAAAGUUAAGUACUUUAAAGACAUAUCUAUACACAUAUGUUUUAGUUGUUUACGUGUGAAUCUGCUACGAUUAAAGCCAACAAAGACGAAAUGUUAGCAAGUUUAUAUUGUUUUGUCUAGUGAAAUAUAUAUAAAGUAUGUUUAAGUGUUAAGAAAAUGUUGUUUAUUGGGUUCUUGUAGUUUUAAAUCAGUUGAACGAGUUUGAUGUAAUAAAAAGAUUGGGUUAACCAAACGAUAUAGACGGUACUU